AUGGUAGCUAGCAAGGUCAUUUCGUUAAAGCGUGUAGAAGACAUUAUUCAGAAAGUAGAAAAGGAGCCUACUUAAAAAUCAAUAGCUCACUUUAUCAAAAUUUUCCGUAUUUGCGUCUCUCAGAAUGAAGAUGAAAAUGUAGAUGAACUCGAAGAGAAUAAAAAUGAAUAGGACUUUAUCAUUGAAGAUGGAGCCGUUUAUGACAAGGUUGUUACUUUUGCAUUACAGAGAUUCCCCUAUCUUCUUAAGAAGUUAUUAAAACUCGAAGAUGGUUAAAUUUUAGAAUCAGUUUCUUCUAGAAAGUUAGAUAUUGUGCUUAAAGUCUACCUUCUUAACAUAGUCAAAAUGGCUGAAAAUGUUCAUGACGAAGACAUGUUAAUUUACAUGCUCACAUUUUACCCAAUUAUUACAGACUUCAUGUUCCCUUUAAAGAAACUUUUUAUGAGAUUUUUAAAGUACAUGGUUGAAUUGUGGGCAACCAACAACAACUUAAAGUUGAAGUUGAAGGCUUUCAUCGUCAUAAGAAGAAUAUGUAAAAAUACCAAGAGUGAAGAAGUCGAUAAGAUUUUCAGAAGAGUCUAUGCUGCUUAUUUUGAAAAUGUUAGACACGUAUCUUGGAGAACUUAUGAAUCUGUUAUCUUUAUGAUCAACUGUUAUACUGAAUUGAUGAUGGAACAUAAAGACGCUGCUUACUACAUUGGUUUCUCAUAUUUAAGAUAAAUUGCAGUCCUUCUCAAAGAUAACAUGGCAAAAAAGGGAGAUGAAAUGAAAGUGUUUAAUUGGUAAGUAAUUAACUCACUAAAGCUCUGGAGUUAGACUAUUAGCAGAUAACCUGCUGAUGAAGAUUUAGGAUAAUUGCUCUAUCCUUUAGUUGAACUUAUUAUUGGUGUAAACUAAUUCAGUAACUCUCAAGAAUACGUCCCAUUGAAGUUCCACUUGAUUCAAUGCUUAAAUUCUAUCGCUUAGAAGACUGACACUUUUAUUCCUACUUUGAAAUUGAUCAAGGAUGUUCUCAACUCUGGUGAAUUCAGAAAAAAGAAAACCCAAUCUACUAAAAAACCUUUUGAUUUUAGCAUUAGCUUGAAGAUUGAUAAUAAAUAUAAAAAUACUAACGUUUUAUGGAAUGAAAUAUUCAAGUUUGGUCUUGAUCUUUCUGCUGAAUAUUUAGCUAUUUACAGCAGAGAUAUUGGUUUCCCUGAAAUGUGCUACAAUUAUAUUAAGUAUUUAAAAAAGCUUUCAGAUUCUGUUUAGUUUGUAGUUUAUAAAAUGCAAAUUAAGGAACUCAUGAAGACUAUCAGAGCUAGUGUUGAUCUUGUUCUCAGCAAGCGUAAAGGUGUCAAUUUUGCUCCUAAAAACAUUGAACAAGAUGCUAAAUUCUCAGAAGAUAAUUUCAAAGAUGUUAAGGAAACUCCCUUGGAAUAAUUAAGAAAUAAAAUUGUCAGUGAAAGAGAAACUAGAAUUAAGUAAAGAAUUUUGGCUGAAAAGGAUUAGAAUUACGAUGAAGGUGAUGAUGGAGAAGAUGAAGCUGCAGGUGAUGAAGAAGACGAAGAUAUGAGUGGAGAUGAAAGUGGAGACGAUGGUACUGAUAAGAAGAAAAAGAAAAUCAAAAAAGAUUUAGAUAUCGCUGAUGAGAGUGACAGUGACGCUUUCGAUCCUGAAAAUUACAAGGACUCUGAUGAAGAAGACAAUAAAGAAGAUGAUGAAGAAGAAUACGAUUUUGAAAACAUGGAUUAUGAAGGUGAUCCUGAUGAUUUACCUGACUUCGAUUUGAUUGAUGAAGUAGACGACAAUAAUGAUGAUAAUUAAUUAUCUGAAGAUGAUUUCGAUAACGAAGAUGAAGAAAAUGAAGAAGGAGAAGGUGAAGAAGAAUAAGAAGAGGAAGUUGAAGAAAAAUAAGAUAAUUUUAAAAAAUCUAAAAAGGGUGACUAAAAAUCACAAUAAUUCUAACAUGGCAAUAAGAAAAAACAAAUUACUAAAAAUAGAAACAAAAACAAUAAAUUCAGCAGAGGAGGAAAGAAUUAAAAGAAUUUCAGAAAUAAUAAGAAAUAAAAUUUUGGAAAGAGAAGAAAGUGA